GAUGUAGUGCCGAAUUCCGCGAUUCGAUAGUUGGAAGAUUUCGGCGCUGGUAUGACCUUAUUGUGUUAAAGUUUGUAGUGUUCGACAAGGUAUAAAAUGUUCUUAUCUUAGAAUCUCGAGGUCGACGAAUCCCCAUAAACCUUCUCAUUUUUACAACAAGAAUUUUCACAUUCACAACUUUCAGUACAUCAACAUGAACGGCAACGGACGUACUAGCGACGUCGAUUUGGACGUAGUCAUCGUUGGCGCAGGCAUUGGCGGGAUCUCAGCUGCUUAUUAUAUCGGUCAAAUGGAGAAGUAUUCCUAUGGAAUCUUUGAAGCGCGAGAAGCACUCGGCGGUACAUGGUCAAGCUUUACCUAUCCCGGUAUUCGCUCAGAUUCAGACAUGUUCACGUUGUCAUUCCCAUUCAAUCCGUGGAACAAGAGCAACACGGUAGCAGAAGGAGGUGAAAUUUUGGAGUAUAUCGAAGAAACAGCAAAAAAGUUUGGCAUUGACAAAAAGAUUGUAUAUGGUCACACUGCCACUAAUAUGGAUUGGUCAAGCAAAGACCAACGAUGGACUUCAGAAUUUAAGAAAACAGAUGGAAGCUCAAUUGUUGUCACUUCGCGAUUUGUUGUGGUGGCCACCGGAUACUUUGAUCACAAUGAGGCUUAUUUCCCUGAUUUGCCCAAGAAAGAAUUGUUCAAAGGUCCCAUCAUUCAUCCGCAAUUUUGGCCAAAAGGGGUCGAUUAUGAGAAUAAGACUGUAGCUGUGAUUGGUUCAGGGGCUACUGCAAUUUCCAUCGUUCCGCAUAUGGCAGACAAAGCAAAGCUUGUCACAAUGGUUCAACGAUCGCCAACGUAUAUCACAAGUCGUUCAAGAGUUGAUCCGGCUGCACAAUGGCUUUUAAAACUUUUACCCUUAAAGUUGGCAUCAAUCAUUUUGUUCCUGUUUUACGAACUCGAAACAACGAUUAUGUUCUUCACAUACAAAAUCUUCCCAAAUUACGGUAGACGAGUAUUGCAAAAUUACGUCAAGAAGCAACUUCCUCCUAAUGUUCCUCUCGAUCCACACUUUGUUCCUAAGUACAAGCCAUUCGACGAACGUUUAUGUUGGGUUCUGGAAGAUGAUCUAUUUGUUUCAAUGCGUGAAGGUAAAGCAGCCGUCGUUACAGGUCAUAUCAAACAACUGACAAGCGGUGGAAUUGAAAUGCAGGAUGGUCAAUUCGUACCUGCCGAUAUUAUUGUCCAAGCAACUGGUCUGAAAUGCAAAUUCCUUGGCGGCGCAAAGAUCAGGAUCGAUGGCAAGAAGCUCAACCUCGGAGACACUUUCUUCUAUCGAGGAAUGAUGUUAGACGGUGUUCCAAACGGUAUUGCUUUACAAGGCUAUUUGAGUACAUCUUCAUGGACACUUGGUGUUGUUCAAACUUGUGAAUAUUUCUGUGAUUUAUUGAAAAAGAUGGAAAAAGAAGGUUAUCGUCAAGUUACUCCAAUAGCCGGUCCUGAAGUCAAAGCAACGACUGAGCCUUUCCCAAUGACGUCUGGUUAUUUGAUGAGAGCUCUUGAUCAGAUGCCCAAAGUUGCGGAUGGCUUGGUUUGGCGUCAUCAUUUGGAUCCGAUCGUUGAUUGGCUUGAUAUGAAAUUUAACAGGAGGUACCAAUCUCUUGAGUUCAAGUAGUGGCUGCUAUCGUUCCUUCCUCAUCCAUCAUUUAUGCUUGUGCUCUCAUUUUAAUGUCAUAUUUUUGCGUGUCU